AGCAGGAUGUCAUGAAGGCGUGUUACCAACGAUUCACUAUGCAAUGACCCUGUGUCUCUGUCUAUCCAUACUGUGGGCCAGUGCUUCCAACGAGGACUCUGGGAAAUGACUCUCGCACUAUUCCUGCUUUUGGUAUUGACAGCUAGCUGGACUAGAUGUGUUCAAUCUGAAGACAUAGAAGAGACAGAGACAAUCUCAGAAGACUCAAUUUUACAAGAAAAUCCCGUAGCAGGAGUCGGUGAAGAAGAUCCAGAGAAUAAUGGGAACAAUUCAGGCUCUGGAGAUGGGAGGACCCAGGCUUCCAUUGAAUUAGGCUCCGCACACAGUAGUGAGUCCAGCGGUGUGGACAUCGAGCCGACUGCUGGAGCUAAAACAGAGACAGAUCUAAACCCAGUCGUCAUGAUCAUCAUACCUCUGGUCCUCACACUCGUCAUCAUUGCUGUGAUUUUAUGUGGAGUCAUCAUCUCCUACCGGUGGACAGCAAACGAUCCUGCUGCAGAAGAAGAUCCUUAUUUGGAUCAUGAAGACCAUGAAAAGGUGCCAAUGCCCAUGUUUGAUGAUGAUAUUCCAUCAGUGAUGGAGCUGGAAAUGGAAGAUUUAGAAAACUGGAUGGCAAAAGAUGGAGGCAUGAAUGUGGACACUGGACAGUAUUAAUGAACAGCGUUUCAGUAACUGCUUCUGACCUCAGAUCUAGUAUUGCACAGUGUACAAGCUGAGUUAUAUACCGGUUACUCCUACGGGAAACUUUUGACAAUGUUUGGAUGUUAUGUUUCAAAAUGCCAUCACUUCCUGUUUCAAGACGUCAUUGGUGAGAAUAGCAUGUGAUAGGAAACAUUAAAGACUGCUGUGUGAAGCGCAGAGCUCUUUGGACAAAAAAAAUACUUGGGAAAAAUAAACGGAUUACAUAUUGUUCUUGUCUUGCACUGAAGAGGACACAGCAGUUCUUAUAUUUGAUGAUAUGAGAUGGCCCUCUGUGAAUUUUUGAUAUUAAAAUAUUUUGUCGUCCCCUGUUGAUGCAAUGACAAACCAUUAAGUGUCUUUGUGGUGUCAUGAUGGUUUAUGUUAUAUGUUGCCUCAGAACCUUUAUAACAACAUAGCCAGACUUUGUACUUAAAUUGGGCCAGGAAGGAAAAAAAAAAGCAUUUCAUCAUUCUCUGUAAAUAUAAAGAAAAUAUUUUAAACCGCUGUAAAUUUAACCUGUUUUUGCUUUACAAGUGCAUGUUUGCAACUGAUGUAUCCUUCUUAAAAGUAAUAAAAUUAAUAGGAAAACA